UCGGACCGAGACGAGAUUUCGAUCAGAAUCUCGGUUAUCAAGAUGAGGAUUUGUUUUUUCGAUCUCGAUUCUCGUGCGACCCUCCCAGUUCGAUCUCUAGUUAAUGCUAUUGAAAAUUCUUUGGAAGGGAGAUGGGAUAGAACUAGACUUGGCUGAUAUCUCAGGCGGGAUUGGGCGAGAUUAUCCCACUUUUUUGAAUACCGAUCCCGAUUUUGCUGAUCACGAGACCGAAAGACGAAUCCCGAUUUUAUGUCGUAAUCCCGAUACCGGACAACUCUAGAUAUGUAG